AUGUUGACCAACAACAGCUCUAGCACUUCCUGCGUUCAGGUCAGUCGAGACUUACAGCAGCAGCUGGUGCUGUUGCGCCUGUCGCUGGAUUCGCCUGCUUUACAGUUUCCCGAGAUUUGGCUGCGCGACAAUUGCCAGUGCAACGUAUGCUACAUGCAACAGACGCGCAGUCGUCUGCCGCAUGGUUGGAAUUACUUGGACCCCACGGUGCGACUGCUGCAGCUUAGCUGGUGCACAGAGCGUAAAAGCCUGCAAAUCGUUUGGUCCGAUGGGCACAAGUCCAGCUAUGCGUUGAGUUGGCUCAAGGAACGCGAUUUCUCGCAUGCGAAUCGCGCGCGUUAUUUGCGCGAUUCUUAUCGCCCGGAACAGAGACUUUGGUGCGGCAAAGAGUUUCAGCUAAUACAACGCGAGUUUCUAUAUGACGAUCUGUUGCACAAUGAUGAGACGCUGUUGCACUGGCUGCACCACUUGGCUGUCUACGGCUUGGCGCUGGUUAGGCAGGCGCCACUGGAGGCGAAUGUGCUGCGUGAUCUGUGCAAUCGGGUGGGCUUCAUGCGCAGCACCACUUACGGCGAUGAGUGGAGUGUCAAGGCACAGCCAGGUGCCAGUAACUAUGCCUACCUAGCCGAACCGCUGCCACUACACACAGAUAUGCCCUACUUUGAGUACAAACCGAGCAUAACGCUGCUGCAUACGCUGCAACAAUCGGAUUCACCUGGUGGCUGGAAUCUGUUGAGCGAUGCUUUCUAUGUCGCCGAGCUGCUGCGCCAACGUUAUCCGGGCGCCUUCAAGGUGCUCAGCGAAACGCCCGUAGAUUGGGCGGACAUUGGUAGUGAGAAGCACCUGAAGUUUCAUAACAUUUGGCGGGCGCCCGUUAUCAACUUGGAUGCCAAUGGACGGUACGUGCGCAUCAACCACAGCAUUCCACAGCGAGACAGCCAUUUUAGUGUACCUGCCGAGCAGGUGCGUCCCUGGUACGAGGCAAUGGCAUUGUUUAUACGGCUGGCCAACGAGCAGGCAUGCACGUUUAAGACAACGCCAGGUGAUGUUCUAACCUUUGAUAACGUGCGCAUGGUGCACGGCCGUACGGGAUACGAUGAUACGGAUCAAAAUGUCAGACAUAUUGUGGGCGCAUUUCUCGACUGGGAUAUAGCCUAUUCGCGGUGGCGUGUGCUCAAGACUGAUUUGGGGCAUUACAAUAAAUAGAUUAGCCUUAUCAGUAAACACGUGAAAAAUUAAUAAUAAAAAAAUACAUACGUAAAUGGAUCCCCUUUGUGCCUCACCCUGACCCAGCCUCUGCCA